AUGACUACCCCACCAGCCACCAUAACGCCUCAUAACGUUAUCAAUCCUCUCUUGAAAUAUCCGAAUUACGAAACACCAGCUAACAUGCAUGAACAGCCAAAGCGAGAGCGCAGCAGAGUUGCACAGCGCGAGUAUCGCAAAAGACAUGCCUCAAAGUUCAACACUCUCAAAGAUGAGAAUCAGAGAUUGAGGAAUGCCUUGAAAAGAAUUGAGAAAGUCGCGCUGAAGCGUGGUGGAAAGGACCAAGAACUUGAGGCGGCGCUGGCUGAAGCGAGAGAAACUCUCGGGGAAGAGACCGAAAGUCGAGCUUUGACAACUUCUGGUUCAAUAGAUACUGAUCCAAUCUCUGCUGAGAGAUUAUCGUAUCUUUCAGGGUUGUUGUCGUCGGAUAUUAUGCUUCAUGCUCAAUCUCUGGGACAAAACACCGCUCCUCCUCGUCUAAGUCUAGAGCAGCAACUCUGGACUAACACCGACAGAUUGGCUCGUAUCUUUGAAGCUCCUUCAGAUGCAGGCAAAUAUCUCGGCGACGGUCUUUACACAUUUGCGGGAACACUGUACUGGGCAUGUACACGAAACACAGUAUCGCUAUGGGAGACAUACAAGCUCAACAUGCUUGGUAAACCCGGACUGCCAGCCCAAAACCCCAUGGACCGAUUAUUCAACCACUCAAAGCAUCUGAAUGAUCGAAGAUUCCUGCUUUCACUUGCGCUGGCUCGACUAGAGUACAAGCACAAAGGCUUCAUCGAUCUUCCACGUGCAGGAACCGAAAUGGUGUGGAAAUCAGUGUUGCCCGAUCUACGACGAAAAAUGGAACAGGAACUAGUCGAGAAAGGACAAGGACCCGAAUGGUGGAAGACUCCAGGGGAAGUUGAGAAUCAUUUGCGGAAGUAUCUCGAACCAGCAGAGAUUGACGAGUUACAAGCUCUUGUGGAGGGGAGAGGAUCAGAGGAGGUUAUGACCAAGUAUAAACCUUUGGUCGAGAUGAUGAUUGCUGAAUUUGUUUGUUUUCCGGAUGGACCGAGAUGGAAUCUUUUAUCCCUGGAUGUCUACAACAACGAUCUAAAAUCACGUCUGGCCUCUGUCCUCCCAAAACGUCACGACUUUACAAUCUACCACAUUUCAACACCCCCCACAAAGACCGACCCUCUCUACUCUCCACCACCAAACGAACGUCCCGAGCGAACGUAUUGCGAAAACCAUUUCCUCGCUGUUUCAAUCGAUGCAGAAGGCAAGCAAGUUUUAGUAUUAGGAGUCGAAGUAUUCAUCUAUACGACUGCUCGAUCGACUACGUUAUUCGUUUCAAAGGCUGAUUCAACGGGGUAUCUUACGCUUCUCAAUCUUCCCAAGGGAACACCGAGUCCUAUUCGUGAGAUAUGCGCCACGUUCGUUGGGUUCCUUGUUGAGAAAAGGAAAAGGAAGGAUAUCCAAUUCAUCGUCAACUUAUUCGCCCGUGCGCAAGAUCAGUAUCUGUUUCCUGGAAGUGUCGACAAUAAGGGGAAGCAUGUCCUUGAUGACCGCGGUCUUAUCAAAUGGUGGUGUCGCGUGCUCGAUCCCCUUCUUGGACCUGCGCCAAAGUCGGUAGAAGCACCAUGGAAGAGUUCAAAAGGAUAUAUCGUCGUACCAGGGUUGGAGCCAAAUGAAAUUCGAGCGAUGACACCUCGAAGAACAGACGCUGCUUGGGAGUUUACGCAUCCGCUUGAAAGAAUAUCACACUAUUAUCGAGAAUUUGACUGGGUACCUCCACGAUGUCUGAUCCCACACUUUCCUGACGAUCCCAAAUCACGAUUCCGGGACGAACUUGAUGAAGAGGCUGCAAGUUCACAGGCAAUGAAGACGCAGGGUAGCUGGAAGAGUGUCAAGACUCUCGACAUGUUUUGGGAAAUGAUGGCCUUCCGACAAGAAUGCUCCAGUGGUCGCAUGACAGGGUUUAUCUGGCUAGUCUUUGACGACAAGGAACCAGAACCAGCAGCAAGCGAGUCUUUCCAAUCGAAAAAUCCACCGUCAACACCAAAGGCGCAGCGAAUCGCUCAAAUAACACCAAGCACAACACCUCGAAAACUCUUCCCUUGCAAGAAUCAGCCAGAGACUAAGGCAAAGAAGAAGAAACCCAAAAAAAGACUCACGGGUCCUAUCGUCCCUCGGAAGCCCCAAAUCAAGCGGGCAAAACACAACUAUCUCCUUGAUCGUCCUGCCAAUACGGCAUAUUACUCAUGGACGCCUGAAGGUCGUGGCGAGAAGAUUGUUGAUGAGGCAACCUACAAGCGUAUUGUAGAGUUGCUACUACACCUCGACUUUGCUACCCUCAACAAAGCGGUUGGUAGUACACGCCGCUGGUUGAGUGAAGGCGGAGGCGGUGGUAAAUGGGGUGUUGUUGUAUCUGGUGCACGCGAGACGCCAACUCAAACAAUUCAUAAUCGCGAAAAUGGUGUAAACAAUCUUACGGGGCUUGUGAAGAGGAAGCGAACUGACUCGACUGUUGAUGAGUCUCAAAAUAAGGUUAAUGUCCUUGGAGAGGGGCUCGUCAAGAAGAAGCCAAAAGAGGAGUCCAAGGUUAUAAAUGUACUUUCCACUGGUCUGAUUAGAAAGAAGCCCAAGGAGUAA